AUGGGAUUAGGAGAAGGGGGCAUCGCUGAGUUUAUAUGCACAGAUCCAGAAAGAAAGAAUCCUGCGUUGGCUGCAAUACUGCAGCUGGACGACACAAUCCUAUGGAAGCCAUACGAAUACCUUACCUCCACACCAUCCAAAGGCUUUCGCAAUCAUUUGAUAGACGCUCUUCAAGAGUGGUACAAGGUCCCGCAAGCCUCCUUGGCCGUCAUUUCCGGCGUGGCCUCUCUGCUCCAUGAAGCAUCUCUAAUGUUAGAUGAUAUACAAGACGACAGCCCCCUCCGGCGCGGCAAGCCUGCAGUACAUACCAUCUUCGGCGUGGGUCAAACCAUCAACUCUGCACGUUUUCACAUAAACAACGCCCUGCGCCUGUGCCUGCAGCUUUCUCCUUCUGCAUCGUUGAUCUUCUCCGAUCAAAUUGCCCAACUCUUCACCGGCCAAGCCCACGACCUCCAAUGGGCCAGACACAAAAGCAUCCCGACAGAGGAAGACUACUUCAGAAUGGUUGAUGGCAAAAACGGUGCCCUCCUGAUAUUGAUAUCGCGGCUCAUGCAGAAUGAAGCCACACAAAACCGCACCCUCGACCUAACCCACUUCAUGAAUCUGAUCGGACGAAGCCACCAACUUAGAGACGACUACCAGAACCUAGCAUCUCAGGACUACACAACCCAACGCGGCUUCUGCCAAGACCUUGACGAGGGAAAAUUCUCAUUCCCACUGAUUCGCGCUAUACAAAGCAGUACAGACGCUACUGUUCUCAUGGAAUGGCUACAGCAGCAAGGGGAAACCAACACCUCUCCUGAGAUGAAGACUUUCAUCCUUGGGGUGAUUGAACGGAGUGGGAGCUUGGAAGCGACCCGAAGUGUUUUGCGUGAUCUUUCUGUAGAAAUGAUGAGGCAGCUUGAGAAAAUUGAAAGGUUGACAGGGGUAAAGAAUUGGCUGUUGGGGAGUAUUUUGGCUAAGCUGCAGGGAGAGCUUUCUUCUCGUAGGGAUCAGGCGAGUAAGAAGGAGAAUACGUUAGAAAGUGUGUUGCGUGUGUGGGGUAGGUAUCGGGAUGAGGCGUGGAAGAAUGUUUUAAACUAG